AUGAAUGCGUUUGUGUCAGCAUUAUCUACGACUGAAACAGUGACUCAACAGCAGAGAGAGAUAGUUGAAUCCUCGUUGAAGCAGUUUAUAACGGAAUACUCGGAUACUCUGACUGUUGUGUCUGCGGGGAUUACCACAGAAUCUAUAAAGAAAGUAUGGAUAGAUUCACUACUAAAGUUAUUGGAUUCUGACCCCACCAAUGCAUGGUCUCUUGAUGUGACAGCACUGGGACUGCAGGUGUUGAGGAUUCUGUUGCGAGAGAGUUGUGGGUGUGAUGCAGUUUAUACUGAAAAGCUGUUUAACCAGUGCGUCUAUCAGGUCAUGCAUUUAAUGGCAACGCAUGCUCAUCUGAACUCGGUCAUGUCUGACUCGUCAAUUCCAUUUUAUCAAGAUCGAGUAGCCAUCGAGGCAUUAAAGUGUCUGUCCAACAUGUUGCUACAAAAUCCUUCUAUUCGACAGCUGUUUUCUGCCUCGGAUUUAGUUGCUGCAGCUGCAAAAUCUCUCGAGAUCCAAUCACUUGACAUGGGUACAGUGUUUUUACUAUCAAGAUUGAUUUUUCUUGGGACUGUUGAAAGCAAAGCUGUAGCAACAUCACUCGUAUCUUUGGGGAUUUGUGAUAGCCUUGCACACUAUCUGGAUAACAUUACCAAAGGAAAGCUUUUGCUCGGUGCAACAGAGACAUGGAUUAGCAUUCCAGUUACAGUCAAUGAGAUUCUUAAAACAGGGUUUAGUCUAUCUGUUCCUAUAUCUGAAUCCUACAUGACCAAUACAUCGUCAAUGCCCGUGCUAUUUGGUGGAACAAAAUCACUUGGAGAUGCAUUGAGUGACCACGCAGCUCGAGAUGAACUAGGAAAAUCAUUUACACUGCUUCUUGCAGCAACGAUUGAAAUAUUUACUAAAACACCGCUGAACCCUAUACCACUGACACCCCCACAUAGUCACGCUAUCAACAUGAUGAUGAACCUUCCGGUCAAAUCCCUUUCAAAAACAUGGUUCUUUGAAGACGAUUACAGCAUUGUAUACAAGAGUGUUGAUAUUCUGACCACAACACUAUGCACUGUUUUUCCUCAACGUGCCAAUAUAAAUAGUGGAAAGGGGAGAAAGGAAUAUGAGGAUGAGGAAGAGUAUUUGGCAGAAAUUGAUGGAACCAAUGUGGAUCAAGCUAUUCCGCCUCUUUUGAUUUUGAUGAGAAGUUGGGCCAAAGGAGAUGAUGGUGCAUGUCAAAUACUAAAAAAGCUGUUGAUGCCCAAGAAUAUCGAUCGAUCCAAGCCAUUACAUCAUGGAACCACUGUGACAAAUUACAUGAUAUGGCUUAUGAUGACAGUAACGAUGCUACAAAUCCGAGACUGUGUUUCGGAACUCCUAUUUGCGGUUUUGGAUGAAUUGGUAGCGUAUGUAGGCUAUGGUAACGCAGCAGGAUUUUUGAUGAACAAGGGAUUACUAGGAUCAACACCAUCGCAGUCGAAACCAUCACAAGAAGAAAGUGUAGCAGAUGAUCAAGCAAAGAUCAAUCCGAUCACAGGAGAGUAUAUCAAACCAGAAGACGAACACAAUGAAGCUUUAGAGAAUAUGACUGAAGAAGAGCGCGAACGCGAGACGGAGAAAUUGAUGGUGUUGAUUAGCCGACUGGAGAAGAACGGAGCGAUUCAAGUUGUUCGCAAGAACGAAGCAUAA